CGCCGCUUCACGAGAAAAACAUAUCCGUUAUCUUUCAGACUUGUUUACUUACUCAAGUGAAAAUCCAACCAGGGAAAUUAGUCGCAGUAUACACACCCAAAUGUACGGUUGGUCAAUCUCCAAACAGCGCAACCAUAUAUUCACUGCUCCGCUCUGAUCGUGUCAGCCCUGCUUGAUCCCAAAACAAUGUAAAAGCCUUGAUCAAUACCCCACUGAGCCAUUAGUAUACGAAAAACCUUACUCCCAGGUCCUUAUAACACAUCUUGGGCACAUGCUUACAUUACCUACCCAACCACUUCAGCUCUGAUAUUACCAAUACCAGCACCAUGUCCGACCAGUAUCAAUCAGACGCCCCUAAAGCAUUCUUCUCACCUCUAGACUUCGGCGCAAAAACUUCAGACAAACCUGCCGUUAUCAUCUCUACAUUCAUUUCUACCUCCAAUUCUCGAGCAGCUUCACCACAACUACCAACCGCAUCGCACAGUAGCGCAUCAGCACCGUCUUCCUCUAUUUCUGCCUACAUGCAAACUGACAAGGGAAUUCACUACAAGGACGAAAGAGAAAAGGCCAAGAACGGGAAUGUGAUCACCGCUACGAAAGAACCAUGUGUAGAAUGUAGCGGCAAGAUAGUUUGGGUAACAAAGGGGCAGUGGUUGAUGGUAUGCCAGUUGUGUGGCGAACCGCAGUAGGGUUAAACUGUUGGAUGUAGAGAAGUGGGUUGUGAACGGGGAGUCCAGGAUAGCUAAGGAAGAAUGGAAAAGGAAUGAGCGAAGAACAUCCUUAAGGAAACGACUGGAGAAAUGCAUGAAACAUG